AUAAAGACCCCGUCCUCGCGGGCAGUCAACGACUGACAUUUCGUGUCAUCGUCGUUAAACUGAGGGGACCUUAACUACGUUCUUCCCGUGUGAAGUAAACAUUUCAGAAUGUAAACUGUUGUAGAGGGAGGUGUAUGAAAAACAGCACCCCAUAUUGAGAAGUUUAUUAAGCAGACCUUGACUCUUACAACUACCACAACCAGUUUAGUGUGGAGCGGCAGCGGAGGUUGUUGCUGUUGACAACUGUGUAUCGAAGACACCAAGUGGUCACGUGAUAAGGAAAAACAAACGCGCGGCACUUUGUAAAGAGUUUUAACGUGAGCAUAAAUGAAGGUAAUUUUGUCAUGUAAGCUACGACAGCCUUCAAAGUGUAAAAUGAGGAUGAUUGUAUAUGAGAAGUGAUGCGAUUCGGUGCUCUGUAUAAUAGGCGCUUGAAAAAUGCAAAGUAGCGGCGGAAACUCAGAUCCAGUAAGACCCCGUUUAAACUAUGUCAGAUCUCGUGGCGAAGCAAAACAGGUGCGCAAAAUUCACAUCAGAAAGGUCGCUUACAGAGUUGGAUACAGCUGGAACAAAGGUGGAAGACUCAAGGAGCUGAGAAUAAGGCACCUUGCAAGAAAGUUUCUGAAGAUAUGGAUACAGAACACCUUUGGCCGAGUUCUUCCUCAUGAAGCAAAGUCGCAUUAUAACAGAGUGGUACUGAGAAGAACCUUUGAAGGAUGGAGAGAUGAGUGGUGGUCAUCCAGGAGGGAGUGGAGUCUGAACAUGCGAGCAGACUGUCACUACAGGUAUUACCUGUGCAACUGGACUCUCCACAGCUGGCGAAUGUUUGUGUGUUUGCAGAGGGAAAAGAAGAUGCAACAGCAAAAGGCUCAGUCAUUUGCUGACAAGCAGCGGAUGCGUCUGGUGUUGGACAGAUGGGAGGUUUUCACAGAGAUGAGAAGACUGAAGAGCAGAAUGCUGGAAUCAGCUCUUGAGCAGUACAGGCUCUCAGCUAUGCACUCAGUGUGGAGCUUGUGGCAGACUAGAUUACAGCACCGUCGAGACCUUCACAUUUUGGAGGAUCAAGCACAGAAACAGAGGGCGCUAACCUUAAAGACAAGGGCUUGGCUUCAGUGGAAAGAGAUGCAGAUGGCUGCUUCUUGCCAGAAAGAAAAAGAAUCCAGAGCUGCGUUUCAUUUUAUCUCCAGAUUGAAAAGAAGAGCUUUGCAUCAGUGGAUAAGAUAUGUGUCGUAUCGCCACACCAAGAAAGAAACACAAGUUUUGGCUCAGCGUGCCUGCUCUCGCCUCCUGGUGAGGAAGUGUUGGAGUAAAUGGAGAAAUGCUCUCGAUCGCAAACACAGUGAAGAGACCCGUUUGCAAGCAGCAGCCAGUUUGGCCAUGCAGAGCAUCCAGUGCAGAGCACUGGUGCGUUGGAGAGCUUAUGUGGCAUUGUGCAGAGAAGAAACUGAAAGAAAGAAUGCAGCAAAUCAACACUACCAACAUCAUUUAAUGCGUGCUGGAUUGCGAGGGUUGUCUCUUAAUGUCGUGUUGAACAAAACAUAUCGACUGAACAACCGUAUGGCUAUCCAACAUUGUCAGCAAACGAUGACUUGUAAGUACUGGAAACUAUGGCAGGAUCGUGUGGAGGAAGCUGAAAACUGGAGUUUUAAACCCCUCAUAGAGAUGGCCCUGAGUAACUACAGCACUUCACUGCUUAGAAGACAUUUUCACCACUGGAGAGAGAAACUUGCUGAGCAGAGAUACAUGCAGGAACUGGAGCGUCGUGCAGACAUUUGGUUUGUAGACCGUAUGCUACCUCUGUGUUUCCAGUCUUGGGUUGAGUUUACCCUCCACAGCAGAAUGCUUCAACAGAGAAGACUCAAAGCUCAAGCUUAUAAUCGGCGGCGCCAGUGCGCCUGGGUGUUUUACACCUGGUGGGGGAAGUCGGAGAAGCUCAAGGAAGAGAUGCUUUCUGAGCGGAUGGCAGUUCUUCAUGACGAGAGAUGCCAGAAGCAGAGAGUCUGGACGCGAUGGAGGCAGCGCACACAAGAGCGGAUCAAAGAGGUGGAGAAACAGGAGGCUUCACGUAGUCUGUAUCGUCGCACACUUCUACACAGGACGAUGAUGCAGUGGAAGGAAAACAGCACUGAGCUACGAGACAGGAGAAACAGAGAGCAGCAGGCCUGCCAUCAGGGUGAUUUGCGCUGCUUAAGAAAGGCUGUAGAAAAAUGGGAAAAGUUUGUUCAGGUCCAGAGAGCAAAGAAAAGCAGGCUGGAAGAGGUUCAGAGUUGGCAUGAAGUUAAACUUCUAAAACACUCCUUUGUGGCCUGGAAGAAACACCACCUGCAGAUGUCUCAGAUCUAUGACAAUGCAGAGGAGCUUCACAAGCAGCACACUCAGUGUUUUCUCAGAGUGGCGCUUACUGAGUGGAGGGAAAAUGCAGAGCAGCGAGCAGAGAUCCGGCUCGAAGAGCAACAAGCACAGAAUCACUUCGAUCACUCCCUUCAGCUUAAGGUUACAAAGCGAUCUGAUGCAUACAUGUUCAACAUCAUCAGGCGUCUUCAUAUUUUCAACACCAAUUGCUUUCUUUUCACUAAAUCUUUCAAGGUGUUUCAUACAUGGAGAGAAGCAACAACACUUGCGGUGUCAAAGCGCUUCCAGCAGAGGGAAGCACUAAGCAGGGCUCAGCAGUCUAUAAAUGAAAUGCGGUUGCUGCAAUUUUUCAGACGAUGGAGGAAUCGGACCAGGGAGGCUCGGAGGGAGAGGAUAAUCAUGGAAAAAGCCAGGAGACACCAUAACUCCAAACUCCUUUCUAAUGCGCUGAAAGCUUGGAAAGAGCAUCACUACCAGCACCAGAAGAAUAAGGUGAUGAAACGACAGGGACUGUUAUUGCUGAGAUUAAAAAUGUACCAGAUGUACUUUGAGCAGUGGAAAACAAAGCUGCAGCACAGACAGCGAGAGGCGAAGCAAACGGAGAGAGCACUCUGGCACUGGUCCCUCACACUUCAGGCCAAGGUGUUGUAUGGGUGGAGGAUUUGGGUCACAGAGCAGCGGAGAAAGCAAGAACAUGCUGCCAGAGCUGCACUGGUCUACAGAGACCAGCUGCUGAGGGAGGGGGUGACAUGCAUCCUCACAUAUGCCGCUCAUAUGAAUGAUCUCACAACAAACCUAACACAACACAGUCAACUGCAAAGAUCACAACACCUCCAGAGAGUUGUUAAACGUUGUGCUGCACGGUGGAAGCAGCGGGCACUGUGCAAACCCCGAAGAGAGCAAGAGACGAGAGGGCAGCCAGCAAAAAAGAGUGUGAGCUUCUGUCUGAGCAGUGUUUCAUCUUCUGACUCAACAAAGCAGGAAGCUGCAGCUGGAUUGCACAGCAAGCUUACCCAGCCACAAUCUGCCGUCACCAACAUUAAAGCAGCUCCAAACUCAUCUGAGUCCAGUCGUCCCACACAGAAAAACCAUCCAGCGUCAAACUGCCGCCAUGCUGAUGAAGUUUUUGUUGCCUCUCCACAUCAGUGCAGUGUCAUGUCAACUGUGCCACCUUCUGAAUCUCUAAUGUUCAACAUGGACUUUUUUCAGCACACCCAAAACCAAGAACCUCUUUUACCUCCUUCUGCUUUCAUGACUACUGGGAUACAGAAUAAAUUCAAAUCAAGUCUUGGAGACUCUCCAGUUGAGCGUUUUCCUCAGUCUGUCACUUCUUUAGAUCCCCACUCAUCUGCAUAUCCAGAAACACGUCUGAGUGCAUCUGGUGGAGAAACUGAGGUUCCUGAUGCUAAAAAUGCAACAAGUGAUUCAACGUCAGCUCUGAUAAGCGAGCUUCUCAGGAUUCAACAGGACAUGAAGAGUUUCCAGCUGGACAGAAAGCAGCUCCGGGCAUGGCGAAAGCUGAAAGGGGUGUUACAGAGUUGGCUGCAGACCAGUGGAAAGGACGAAGUGAUGGAAAAAAAUGCUAUCUGUCAAGAGUUGAAGGACCGAACGGUGGUUGCUAGGGAACCACCAAAAGUGCAUAUUCCUCAACUAGUUGAGCCAGGAACCACUCACCAACCUCUUUUGGAGUUGCCAAGCCGUCUCUACGCCUGUUUGGAGGAGCUCAUCGACAGGCUGUCCACUAAGCUGGAAAAACAGAAACCGGUGAUGUUGCUGCACGCAGAGAGAAUCCAGCAUUUGCAGACUGUCCUCCGGAGUUUAGGACUUCAUGCUCCUCAUCAAAAAACAGAAGAGUCAGAAUCUCAAAACUCUGCAUUUCCAACAUGACAGGAAUAAUGGAGAGCGUGACGGGCUCACCUGCUGAUUGUUUGAACUGUUGUUCACUUGCCAGCAUCACAUUUUUUAAAAAUAGUCUGAUCUUAGAACUGAAUCAGCACAUGCAUAUUUAACUACUCUGUGCUUAUGUCUUUGCUGCCCUCAGCUGGUGGGGACCAAUUUGAAUGGUUCUUAUUAAUUAUUGUGUAAAAUGUCUUCGGCAUUCCCAAAACAUAAACGUCAAGUGCCUUAAAGGAACACUCAGCUCUAUAGCUGUAAAUCCAGCAAAACAUUGGAUAGGGGUCGUCCUUGUUGCAGAUGGUGCAAAAUAUUUUCCAUAUGUGUGCAAAGAGUGACUUUACUGUUUUCGGAGGAGGUGCCCUUACGCAAUAGGUCUGCUAUUACCCUGUUUGUAGCAGUGCUUCUAGUACUUCAGAAAAUCACUGAACUAAAAUCACAGAUUUUAGUUUAACAGAGAGGACUGCGGUCUGUUUGCAGAGUUAUUAUAUCUUUGAUCAAGAGCAAGUCAAAAUGCAAGGAUUUUAUCCCAUUUUACUCUUUUCCACCUUUGUGUGCUCUGUAAGUGGUAAGUGUUGUUACUGAACUAGGUGAUUAUUAUUGUUUCUUGAAAUAUUUUAUGUUCUUCAGCCUCGUAUUGUUGAGGUGUUUUUGGUUCCUGUUACCAUCUGUUUGGAGCAUUUGCUUUUCAGGACAUUAAUAAAACUGAGUUUAAUAAUAUGAA